AUGAACUUGAAUGAUUUAGAGGAGGAAGAUCGAGUGAUUUAUAGUCAAUCAGACCACUUCACAUCAAAUCAUCAAAGAAACUUCAACUUUCAUGAAAACACUUCACCAUCAACCAAUCAAAAAGUACAACAACAAACUUCAAGUUCAAGUUUAUCAUUAUCUUUCUCUAAUCAACAUCAACAUCAACAUCAACAUCAACAUCAACAUCUGAUCAAACCGUUUAGUUCUCAAUCUGAUUUGACUUCAUCCACUGCUGAUUUACUUUCUGAUUGUAUCACAACUGAUUCAUCUUUCCUUCAUAUUCAUCAACCUUUCUCUACUGAAAGUUUUCCUAAGACUACUACCACCACUACUACUACUACCACUACCACCGCUACUACCACUGGAACCACUACUACCACCACUACCACUCGUGAUACCCACUCACAUCUUUAUCAUCUUCAUCAUCAUACAAUCAUUCCUCAUGCCCUUCUCUCAAAUACCCUUUAUAACUCUACCUCAAAGUUGUUUACAGACCCUGGUUGCCUUCAACCUAAACUACGUUCGGUGCUCAUGAUCCAUUACCCAGCUCGUAGGCGGAUUCGCGCUUCCCAACAUACUCAACUUUCAUCUUCAUCCGGUGGGAUAGGUGAAUCUCCGUUGAAUCCUAAAGUUCAUUCACAGAAGACUUCUCAUUCUUUAUUACACAACAUUCGACACUCUUGCAAUCACAGUCAAAGUCUCAGCACUUCACAACAAGUUGAUCACACUGAUCGUCUCAUUUCUCCAAACAAUCAUACCCAAACAUUUAUUUCUACAACAAAUUCAACGCAUCAUGAUCCUUCAUCAUUCAAACCUAUAACCAAUCAACUCGAGCAUAGCAAUCUUCAUUCAUUUGUUGCUUCUCUUGGUCGAGCUCCUAUCUCAACCUCACACGAUCAAUCUAUCAAACCUUCUCAAGCUCUACAUUCAAGUCAAUCUCAACCGGCCUUGAUCAAUCCAUUUCAUUACCAAUCUACACCUUGGUCGAGCCACACAUCACCAAUAAAUCAGCCGGGUCUUCUCUCCGCACCCUUGAACCAAACGCAUCAACAGCCUUCCGCAGCCAAAUUACCUCAUCUUGUGAAAGCUAAGCAGCCCAAAAGAUCCCCAUCCCCUCGUUUGGUGUCAACGCGCGCUCGAUCGCACUCAAACAUGGGUAUUCUUGCAAGCGAUCCUCGGGCGAAUCUAUCUUUCAAACGCGGUCACGCACGCUCCGCAAGUGCUCAGCAUGCUCAUAUUCCCAGUCAAGCGGAGUCUCCAGCAGGCUCAGAUGCUCUGAUACCGUCACAAGAUGACUCAACGUAUGUCAGACUUCGAGUGCUGUCCUUCGAGACCCUCGGUGGGUUUUAUGGCAAGUAUGCAGACCCUAAACCUCGAUUUGUGACCACUCCUCUCUCAAGGCCUGCUACCUCUUCGGGUACCAAACGCCCCAACGAUUUGAUGGAAGAAUUGGCGAUCGAGGCUCCAUCUCAUCCUCGCAAGCUCACCAGGAGUGUUACAAACCCUCGUAUUUCACAGUCGCUGGAAGCGCUCAAACAAAGAGCUGCUGCUGCUGCUCAAGCCGAGCGAACUCAUGCUCAACGUGCUUGGGAUGAGAUCUACAGGCUUCGUUUGGAGAGGGAGCUAUGGCGAGCCGAAGCAGAAGCGUCCUGUAACCCUAGUCUAUUCUGUACUUCAGUCUUUUCGAGCUCGCCAGCUGAUCUGCUUCGUCAACAACGUCAAAAUCCUCAUUCACGUCGUAGACCAUCCGCUCCAAUCCAUAUGCGCUCUGAUCAUUCCCCUAUUCCCCGUCCUCCACUCUCCCGCUCCUUUUCAUUGCGGAAUCGAGCUCAAUCAGCACCAUCACCACCAGACCAGCCUUCAUCGCAACCUGCCGCUCCUAAUCCAAGAAAAUCGUCACUAUCUCCCUUUUCGGUGCUCCAUUCAACCCCAAGACGGAGCUCGAUCUCACAUCCGCUCACGGUCCGGUCAUACUUGAAGAGACCAUCUUCGUCACGUUCUCGGGUAGCAUCACGUGCAGAAGCCCGUGUUCACGAUUCUACAGUCAAACCACCAUCUCAUUCCACAUUACCUUGUCCCCCUGAGAUUGACCGAGCGUUGAGUCCAGAGGUGGGUCGUGGUCAAGAUGGCAUAUUUAUCUGUUGCCCUCAACCCGUAAUUGGACGGGGAAGGGCCCACACCAAUGCAGCCCUUUUACAGCCAGAACCUGCUUCUGCGGAUGUUGGACCACAGCCUCUCAAAAGUGUCAGACGAAGUCGAUCCGUACCGGGACUACGUCGACGUCGUCCUGCGACUGCCGAUAAUGUCUUGCCGCCUUUACCUGCUAAUGCUCCCCACAACAUUUCUGCAAAACAACUCAAACAUUCACCUUCCUAUAGAUUACCCUCGAUUGACUCCGACCCAACUUCGCACUCACGAGCUGCUGGGGGUGAAGUUCUGGUACCUGCAAAUAAUUCUUGGUUUUCAAAUCGGAGUACCGAAGCCUUUCAAUCCUUUUUUCAGCGACGCCCAUCAUCAAAAUCCAAGCUGCAAACUACAAACAUACAGACAGGUGUAGCCGAAGAGACUCCACAGAUGACUGAUCUAAAAAAACCUGUGAUGCAUGCUCUGAGUAAAAACUUGGAUGAUCAAAGUGGAGAAUUUGAAAAACCCUACCAAGGUCUUACCUUACCUUCCAAUUCGACUUUCAAUGCUCAUAGCUCUCUUCAGAGUGAUUCACUUUGUGAUCCUACACUAGCUCCGCUGGACGGAGAGAUACCAGGUGAUCCAAUAGCACACACUGCACCUGUUGAUCUUAGAGCUCACAAUUUACCACCCCCUACUUUGCACAACACCGCCGACGCAAAGCUGUACUCCUUGCCAUUGGUUGUUCCUCCUCCAUCAGAGUCCUUCAAUCCUUUAGCCCCACCCCCUCGUAGACGAACUUCCCCCAAGAAUACCCCAGGCAGUCUGAGUACUAAGCGAAGCAAAAGUUUCAGGAGCGGUCGAUCUGAAUUAGCUCAUUCAACAUCAUCAUCUGGAUCUCGAUCAGCUCCCCGUUCUCAUGGGCCUUCGCUCAUCAACACGUCACUCCCAGCGCUCCCAAACCAGGUGGACUCAUCUUACGAGGCACCUCCUCUAACCCCAACACGUCCAACAACAGCCACUAAUCCCACCCGACCUAGUCCGAUCAUCAUCACCCCUAACCUUUCAUCGGCACUGGUCUCCCUCGAACGCAUCCGACGACUUUCUUCGCCAGAUCAUCUUGCCUCUGGUGUAGGUUCUGAAUCAAUUUUCAUCAAUCCAUGGCGUCAUUCAGGUGGUAGCUCUCGCACUACUUCACUUAUCACGCGAGGACCCAUGGGAACCGGUUCUGUUUUACGAACUAGACCAUCUUCACCGCGUUCCAGUCAAGCUUCACCUUUAUCAACUCAACUUUUAUCAAAGAACUUGAUGGACAGCACCAUGGUCACCUCUGAUGAUGAUGGAAGUGACAACCAUAAGGAAUUUGGCGGAGAUACAGAGAGUUUACACAUUCCCGAAUCGCCCAUAACAGAGAAUCAUGCAAUUGCUCUAUCUCAAUCUACGUCAGCUCAACCUGCUAGCCAUUCAGGCGAAUCUCUUUUGGGUCUAUCUGGUAGACAUCCUCGUAGAAGAGUCAGGACUAUGACAGAACUUUCCGGAUCAUCGAGUCAGAGCGAAUCAUCACAUUCUCUCAUUGAUCUUGAUAAAUACAUCGAUCAAGCAGAUUUGUUUUAUCAAGUACCUGCUUCACCUAGAAGAGACUUGAUCAAGAGAUAUAGUGAACAGAUGACAGAUCGACAAAGAACAUCGGGUACAAGACCGCCUAUGUCACCGGAUCGUAGAUCUAGAUUGAUUGAUGAAGUUUUGUCAGAUUAUUUUCAUCAUUCUUCAUCAUCUUCAAGAAAUAAUUCUAUCGUAGGAAAAGGAACUCAAGAAAUUGAGAACCAGGAAAGACCGGAAGUAAAGGACAUUUCUGGAUCAUUGGCUCAUGUGGACUCUAAACUUCAAUCUCGGAUAGAUGGAAAGAAAACUAAGGUUUCAACUGGUUCACGUGAAAGAGAAUCGAAAAGUUCAAGGUCGAUAAGUGGAACAAGAGAAGGAAAGAGUCGAAUUAGUUUAGCACCUAGUAUUGUAGAUAUCUAUGAAGCCGGAUUAUCUAAAGAAUAAUACUUAAUUAAACAAGAAGAAUCAAUUCAAGUUUAGAUAAAAGUUUUUUUCGAUCGUUUUUUUUGAUUCUAUAAAAUGAUUUACCCAAUAAAAUAUCUACAAUACACAUUUAAUCAAUUUGAAGUUUUUUUUUCCCCAAAUUUUUGUAUACAAAGCAGAGUAAAUCUUAUAUGAACAAUCAUUUUUUUUCUUCUUUUGAGUUGAUUAUUCUUAAACAUUUAUAUCUUUUUUUGAUUUCUCUUUUUUUGAUUUCUCUUUUUUGGGUUCUCUUUUUUUAAUUGAUAUUUUUACAAGGGUGAAAUAUAUUACAAUAUACCAAAAGGAUUUGGGGUUAGUUUUAGGUGUUAGGUUUUUGAUUUUUUUUAAUAGUUUGCAAGAUUGAUUAUAUGUAGAUAAGAUUUAGUCAUUUCUUCAUU